AUGCAGCCAGAACAGCCCCGGUUGGCCGUAUGGCUGGAGACCCUCCAGGCUCACCUGCCUUCUUCCUGCCUGCAGGCUCGGUCUGCAUUUCAGACGGCGCUAGAUAAGGAUUGCCUAAAAAUAUGGGAAUCAUUAAAACAUGCGUUCAUUUACAAGAAUCCCUGUAAUAUUACAUCCGAAGAUUAUGAGCCUUUAAUGGAUUUAGCAAGUCAUCCUAUACCCUGUAACAAGUCACUGUUUUGGAGCAAGACAAGUGACCUCGCUCAUCGUUAUACAAAAUCCAAUCAAAAUUUCCUUACCUUGGAGGACACCUUGUUGGGUUAUAUGGCUGAUAGGGUUUCAUGGUGUGGAGACCCCUCUGCCCCAGGAAUCAACUAUGAAUCUUGUCCAAAACGAAGUGAAUGUGAGACCAACCCUAGCUCUGUAUUCUGGAAAAUGGCAUCCAAGAUGUUUGCAGAAGCAGCAUGCGGUGUGGUUCAAGUGAUGCUCAACGGAUCAGUAGAAGCUGGAGCUUUCAGAAACAGCAGCAUCUUUGGAAGUAUUGAGAUCUUUAACCUAAAUCCGGAUAGAGUCUCUGCAGUACACAUUUGGCUUAUGCAUAACAUUGGUGGACCUCAAAG